AUGGACACGGACAUGGGCAUGGGUGACAGCAGCGGCAGCACCGGGACCGGCACCAGCAGCGACGAGAUGCACAUGAGCAGCGGCCACUCCACAGUAUUCCAAAACACCAUGGCCACCCCGCUCUACUCAACAGCCUGGACGCCGGGCAACACUGGCACGUACGCGGCGACGUGCAUCUUCCUCAUCGUUCUGGCCGUGUUGUUCCGCGGCCUCCUGGCGUUCAAGUCGUGGCAGGAGCGGCGCUGGCUGGACGCCGAGUUGAACCGCCGGUAUGUGGUGGUCGCCGGCAAGACGCCACUGUCGGAUACGCUGGCCCGUGACGAGACCGCCCGCAAGAUGACGAUGGUGCUGGCGGAGAAUGGGAUCGAGGAGAAUGUGCUGGUUGUGAGGAACCAUGAGGCUGGGACCCAUUCCAGGCCGUGGAGGUUGAGUGUUGAUCCGGCGCGGGCGCUGAUUGAUACGGUUGUUGUGGGAGUCGGGUAUCUGCUCAUGUUGGCCGUGAUGUCGAUGAAUGUGGGAUACUUCCUCUCGGUUUUGGGAGGGACGUUCCUCGGGAGUCUUCUUGUUGGGAGGUUCAUUACGGUCGGCGAGCACUAA